UCUUGUGUGAUGAUGUCGUGUUUUUGUUGCGAAAUUGUGAAUUAAAAACAGAAAUUCGUGAUGAAUUAUUUCCAUUUUUAAUUCUUUAGUGAUUUGUGGUGUUUGCUUGUGUAAAUUAUCUCGGGAUAUUAUUAUUCGGAAAUGUGUUAAAACAAUAAAUAGAGACAUAGUAUUUUUUGCGAUACCAAAGCGGCAGAAUGUCUGAUGAACCAGAAGCGAGGAUGUGGGAAGAUGAAGGGACUCGGUAUGAUUCUAGAAGUCGAGGCUCAUAUUUUGAAUCUGCAUUUGCAUCUACAGAACAUUUAGAUAGAGCCCCGUUACUGUCAGAAGAGACAUACAGCGAAGUGCAGACGACGUCAACAGAGGACCACCACUGUCAUUGGAAGCCGCAAAAUCAACCACCCAGUUCAGUACCACAAUUGCUUGCCGCGUUAUUACUCUGUGCUGUGUUCAUGGUAUGCGAAUUAGUGGGAGGGUAUCUCGCAGGCAGUUUAUCAGUGAUGUCGGACGCGGCGCACAUGCUGAGCGAUUGCGGGGGCUUCGCUCUCGCACUCUUUGCGUUCAGGUGUGCGCGCCGACCACCCAAUGCCACCAUGUCGUAUGGAUAUCGACGAGCUGAGGUGCUGGGUGCGAUGGCAUCGGUUCUUCUCAUCUGGGCAUUGACCGGUAUCUUCGUGUAUGUGGCGGCAUUAAGAAUUCACACCGGCGAAUACAGCAUCGAGCCCGACAUGAUGAUGAUAGUGUCAGGAUGCGGUGUUGCCUUCAAUGUCGUAUUGGCGCUAGUGUUGCACGGAUGCGCUUCUGAUAUAGCUCACUACCACUCGCACGGUGGCGCUGCGUGCGGGCACACGCACGCGCACACGCACUCACAGGAGCAACGGCCGCGCAUCGCCUUUAGAAUGUUCCGCCGCUCCAAGCAUAAUGGACUUGUGAACGGCGACUACAGUCUGAAAGAUAUGGCCACUGUUGAGGCUGAUGUUAAUGCAAGGACCAAAAACAUUAACCUACGUGCAGCUCUUAUCCACGUGAUUGGAGACCUCAUACAGAGCUGUGGCGUGCUGCUUGCCUCUGUACUUAUUAAGUUCUAUCCGGACGCGAAGGUUGUGGAUCCGAUCUGCACGUUUGUGUUCAGCGUGCUGGUGCUGCUGACGUCAGCGCGUGUGGUGCGCGACGCACUCGCCAUGCUCAUGCAGGCUGUGCCCGCUAACUUCAGGUACCGCGAGUGCGUGAGUGCGUUGCGUGGCGUGCGCGGCGUGCGACACGUGCACUCGCUACACGUGUGGGCACUCUCCACACACUACCUCGUCCUCACCGCACACAUCGCUAUCGAUGAUCUAUCUGAGAGUGAGCGUGUGCUGCACGAGUGCCAGGCGGUGGUGCGCGAUCAGUUCGUGGUGCAGGCGGCCACGCUGCAGGUGGAGAGACACGGCGCCCCUCGCCCCGCCUGCCCCGACUGUCGCCAGCCCGCCUCCGCCCCGUGACCUCCCCCCACCCUCACGCGAUAAGCUGGGGUGAAUAAAUGUUCAAAAAUGUAUGACAAAUACAAACGUCAAAAGUGUAUGGACUUAAAGUGUAUGGCUAUGAUGGACACUGUAACCAAAAAAUAA